AUGACUUAUUUGCUUUGGCUAUCUCCACUAUCCAAAAAAUCUGAAAACCGACUAAUUUUAAAUGGGUGGCCGUCCCUGAAUUACACAAAUGCCAAACUCCCUGCCACUGAAAAGGGAAAAAGCAAAAACGCUCCUCCUGAAAGCAACAUAACGGAACGGCUUGCCGUUGCCAAAUUAAGCAUGAAUGUCUCCGCAAUUGACACCUUCACAUGCUCUCGACUGAUUUCUUACCCGCUAAAUACGCCCACCAAAAUUGACAUUAAACGAGUAUCCCACCUAAAAGUCCACGGCAAACCCAUCCGCAGUGCCGAAGGGGUGGUUCUCUACCUAAUUAAGUAUUUAGCCAAAUCCUUCCAAAUGCGAGCCAAUUCCGAAUUAGCCGAAAAAGUGGGCUUAUUACCGGGAAUGGGUAUCUAUAAAUUCUUCCGUGUUAUCUAUGGCUACGAUGGCGAAAGAGUUUAUAUCGCCCAAAAAAGAAAAAAACCGUUUAUCUCUUCCCAAGUCUUCAUCAAUAAUGAUUACGGCUUCACCGAAGAAGUCGAAAAAGAGUUCAGCGAUUAUUUUGAGGGCGACCAAAAAGAUUUAAGACUAAAAAAGCAGGCUCGGCAAAUCUUAAAAGCCCAAGAACCCCGACCAACUAAUAACGGCAAAAUCACCGACCUCUUAAAACUUUGUCUGCGUUAUUCUUCCGGCAGUCAAUUUGAAUUUAAGGGAAAAAGGGCUUAUGCGGAUUAUCAAAACCAUAUUUUACCGGCUUUAGCCAAAAUCAACCUCCCCACCUUUACUAAAUUCCCCGAUUACCAAGUCCAAGACCAAGACUAUAUCAAGUUCGCCAAAGCGGCUAAAUUGCCCUGGAAUAAAGCGAUAAAUGAAUAUGAACCCUUGGAAGAAAUUGGCGAAAGUGCUGAUAGUCCGGAAUGA